AUGAGAUUUGGCCGAGAUCUUCACCUUCAUCAGUCCUCGGAGUGGGUGGAGCAUCAUGUUCCAUACAAUCGUCUCAAAAACCUGCUGAAAAUUGCCGUUGAGAGAGCUACAAAUGAGCAAACUCGUCCCGAUUUUUCAGAUGUAGAAUCAUGCCUGGAUCAAAGCAUCGCAGUUCAUCUUCGGUUUCGCGAAAAGCAAGAUAACUAUCUUCGCCAGCAAGUAGAAAAGACAAAAUACCAUUACCACAUAAGCUCUCGCGUUUCCGAUCCAACUUCGAUGUGCACACUUUCCCAAAUUGACGUCGAGAUUCUUUGCGAAUUGUUUAGCAAGUUUUCCCAGGAAGCUUUUCAACUGCUGCGGUACCAACGGUUGGAUGUUGAAGCCGUUUCUCGCAUCUACGCAAAGAUCGACAAACAUCUAGAAGGGGAGAAAUGCCACUCCGCUCGACCAAACUAUCUGGACAAAUUCAUGAGACAAACACUAGCGAGCGUAGGUAUGGCGGGGAAAUUGGACCUAACGGUUGCCCGUGUACAGGAGAGACGGUCGGAUCCCAGCAGGCCGGCCUACCCACAACCCCGAUUAUAUGAGGCGCUACGGCAGGAUCAUCCUUCGACAGUUGCUUACAUGGUAGAAGAGUCCUUACAACAGAGUAACUUACCAAGGGAGUUAUUUCUCUCUCAUCUUCUAGAGCUAGCAGUAUAUGAACUUCGCCCUAAUACUGUCCGCACAUUACUAUUCGAUGUGCUGCCUCAGAACGACAUUGCCAUCCAGGCUGUAUUAUUGAAUCGCUUGUUCAUGGUUCUGGGUCUUCGGAAGGGGCAACUAUCAGCACCGUAUUCCUGCACACUCUUCUGUAAAAUCCGAGACCUUCUCUGCCAGGUGAUUGGGGAGUUAGGGCCCAGGUCAGAGGAGGUUCUGCUGUCGGAAGAUGAACUCGGGCGCCUCCCUCUACACUAUGCUGCUUCAGCCGGGCUUUUAUGGGUGUGUAUGGCAAUAUUCAAUGUCGCUAAAAGCUGGAAUACUACAUCUAGAUGGUGUUUGAUUAUGCACACUGACAAACGAGACUGUUCACCUCUCGAGUAUGCGGUUGUUGGCAACCACCGCGACGCUGUUUCAUCUGUUCUGGUCUACCUGGAAAGAUUAUUAGACGCACCCUAUAGUGAUGACGGAAUAGGAUCAUUGUUGAGUCGCAUGCUCUUUAUUGCGCUUCAUUACGGAUAUGAGGGUCUGAUUUCGAUCAUUUCGCGGACUUGCUCUCGCUUCUGUCAGAGACCCAGGACCUGUGAAGGGGCCAGCCCGCUGCAUGUCGCCGCGCGUACUGGAAGGGCGGAUCAUGUACGACUACUGUUGGGGAACAUAUGCAUCUCUGAUGUGAGCUCGGUGGAGCCGAUGUACGGUUGGACUGCGCUGAUAGUCGCCUGUGUCGAAGGUCACCAGAGUGUCGUCGAUGUGCUUCUCGAGCAUGGAGCCGAACGGGACCACAGGGACCAUCGCGGCUGGACAGCACAGGAGCAUGCCGCUUUUCGGGGGCAUCUUGCCUUAGCGAAAGCAAUUGCCGGGCCAUCCAAGUGGGAGGCAGGUACCGAUAGACUACCUGCCGCACCGUUGACGCAGCAGGGUGCCAAGAUUAAGGCUCUACACCAACGGUCGCAACUGGUGGUCUACCUUGGCAGCCUGCAGGAGGGAAAACAAUUUAAACACAUAGAGCUUCGAACACCAUCACUGAGAAGUAAAGCCUCGGACUACAACCUUGCGCUCAAAGUUUCUUCCCCUUGGAAUCACUCUGUUCGUCAGCUCAAUUUGUCCUUGCUUAGUGACACGGCCAACGAACCAAUGAUCUUUGAGCUUCCCACUCCGACCGAGGCAGAACUGUGCCUAGAGCUCCUCGAUUUGAGCGAUGGUCCUAAAUGUCAAGCACAGUUGCUUGGAGGCGGUACGGCGCUGCUGAUGGACAACCUCAGUACCUUUGGCGAGAACCGGGAAAGUCUGGUGCGCGAGAGAACUGUUCCCAUUCUCAUGAGCGGGUCGUUCCAGGUUAUAGCUACUGUGACCUUCACAUUUCUUAUUAUCAAGCCAUUUCAGCAUCCCAGCAUCCCCUCUGUGAGAGAAUGCUUUCUCCGUUUUGGCGAUUUCUGUCUCGUAGGGCAUCGAGGUUUCGGGCAGAAUGUUGCCGGGCAUGAUUACUUACAGUUGGGAGAGAACACAGUGGAGUGCCCAGUCAUUCCUAUCAGCUGCCAGUCAGGGAGCUUCUUUUGUCGAGAUGCUCAAUUGACCAGAGACCUUGUACCUGUUGCAUACCACGACUUUUCCUUGAGCGAGUCUGGGACUGACAUCCCAGUGCAUGAUGUGACUCUAGACCAGUUUCUGCACGCGAGCAAAAUACAAUCCUCAAUGGGGCAUCCAACCUUCAUCUUGGGAAACAGGCACUACCAUCGAAAUCGACGCUCGCGGUCUCUCACCAGGGACUAUGACCACGGCGCGCAACAAAUGCAAGAGAGAAUGAGACACACGGUAGACUACAUGAACAAAGGCUUCAAGCCCAACACGCGAGGCCACAUUGUCCAGGACUUAUUUGCAACCAUCGAAGAGCUACUAAUCCAGCUACCGGAAAACCUCGGCUUCAACGUCGAGAUCAAAUACCCCCGACUUCACGAAGCCACCGAGGCAGGAGUAGCCCCGGUAGCGAUCGAGAUCAACACAUUCGUGGACAAGAUACUGGAAAAAAAAUUCACCUUGAGUCACAGCAGAAACAUCAUCCUGUCCUCGUUCACUCCCGAGAUCUGCAUUCUCUUGGCACACAAACAGCAGACCUAUCCAGUCAUGUACAUCACCAACGCCGGCAAGGCCCCAGUCCUAGACAGAGAGAAGCGAGCUGGUAGCCUGCAAGCUGCAGUGCGAUUUGCCCGGCAGUGGGGUCUCGAUGGGAUUGUUCUCGCCUCCGAGACAUUGAUCAUAUGCCCUCGUCUGAUCGGAUACGUCCAGCGGUCGGGGCUCCUGUGUGGCUCGUAUGGACCACUCAAUAAUGUCCCGGAAAAUGCCCAGGUGAGUGAUGUCGCCCGGGGAGUCACUCGGAAAUAUACUAACCCCACCUUCGUAGCUCCAAUUCGAUGCCGGCAUCAAUAUUCUGAUGGCCGACCGGGUCGGGCUUAUUGCCACAGCACUGCAGGGCCGGGAUGGCGAUGA